GGAGAUGUUGCGGUUGGCGGGUCCGCGCGCGCUCCGCUCGGUUUGAUGCUCCGCGCGCGCGAUGAUGCGCCGCCUCUGGCUCGCGCUCCUUCUGUCGGUGACGGCGAUGCGGCUCGCGCCCGCGGACGCUGUCGGAAGAGCGCGAGAGAAGCGCUGGAGCGGAGAACCGGAGAAACACGGCGGCACGCUGACAAAGAAGCCGCCAGAUGUGACUAAGUCGAGGAAGCUGAAGACGGACCAUCUACUGAAGGUGGACGAUCAUGACUUCACCAUGAGGCCAGCUUUCGGAGGCCCUGCUAUUCCAGUCGGAGUUGAUGUGCAGGUAGAAAGCUUGGACAGUAUCUCAGAAGUUGACAUGGACUUCACCAUGACCUUAUACCUUAGACACUACUGGAAGGACGAGCGUCUGUCCUUUGCCAGCACCACAAACAAAAGCAUGACCUUCGACGGCCGUUUGGUGAAGAAGAUCUGGGUACCUGACGUGUUUUUUGUGCACUCAAAGAGAUCCUUCAUCCAUGACACCACCACGGAGAACAUCAUGCUCAGGGUCUACCCGGAUGGCCAUGUUCUCUACAGCCUGAGGGUGACGGUUACAGCUGCUUGUAACAUGGACUUCAGCCGAUUUCCUCUGGACUCUCAAACCUGCUCUCUGGAGCUGGAGAGCUAUGCCUACACAGAUGAGGAUCUGAUGCUGUACUGGAAGAGCGGGGACGAGUCUCUGAGCACGGACGACAGGAUCUCCCUCUCACAGUUUCUCAUCCAGAAGUUUCACACUACCUCUCGUCUGGCUUUCUACAGCAGCACAGGCUGGUAUAACCGCCUGUAUAUUAACUUCACUCUGCGACGCCACAUCUUCUUCUUCCUACUGCAAACCUACUUUCCAGCCACACUGAUGGUCAUGCUGUCCUGGGUUUCCUUCUGGAUCGACCGCAGGGCUGUGCCGGCCAGAGUCUCCCUUGGCAUUACCACGGUGCUCACCAUGUCCACUAUCAUCACCGGAGUGAACGCCUCCAUGCCCAGAGUCUCCUACAUCAAAGCUGUGGACAUUUACUUGUGGGUCAGCUUUGUGUUCGUCUUCCUGUCUGUGCUGGAGUACGCGGCGGUCAACUACCUGUCCACGGUGCAGGACAGAAGAGAGCGCAAAAUCAGAGACAGAGUCAGAGAACAGUCUCUGCCCUGCACGUGUGGGAUGUCCCACACCAGGACCAUGAUGCUGGAUGGAACAUACAGCGAGGCAGACACUAACAGCUUAGCCGGCUACACCGAGGCUCCCAUGGUGCCUGAGGAGGAGCCAGAGAAACACGAGCAUAUGGUGGUGCACCUGUCCGUCAGCAGCGAGUCCACUGCCACCAAGAAGAAGGGCAUCCGCAACUUCAGCAUCAUCCAGAACACUCAUGUCAUUGACAAGUACUCCCGCAUGAUCUUUCCUGGAUCCUACAUAUUUUUUAACCUCAUAUACUGGUCAGUCUACUGCUGAUCCCACUUCCCGUCCAACCCCUCACGCACCAGUUUGGACUUGAAGACUCGCUGACCUUCUCUGGUCAGCUUCUUUUAUGCUGACUUUUCGGUGCGCACAGGCACAUUUGCCCACGUGAGACUGAAGUACAGCUGCCCUUGUGAGCUUUCACUGCUGAAACUGUGAAAAUGGGAAUUUCAGUCAAACGUUCUGCAUAAUUCAGUCCUUAGAUAUAAACAGUCAUCCAGAGUGGUUUGGUGUGGAAUGGUUGAUUGUAGAUGCUCAGAUUUCUUUACAGUGGUGGUGAUAGGAGCCAGGAACCAAAUGUAUCUAUUUAUUUAUUCAUUCAUUCAUCCAUUCAUUUAUUUGCUAGGACAAAUAUCCACUCCACCGCCCCCUUUUUGGGGAUACAUAUGCUCCACCCUCCUCUUUUUCUCUUCUCCAAAGUUGCCAUCCCACAGACCAGCCCCCCAAUGAGCCACCAAAAGAAAUAAGUAGCUAUUUUAUCUACUUUAUUUACUGUCCAAAACCACCUGUAUUUAAAUGUUUAUUCUGA